GGCACCCGCCCGCCUCGGCACCUGCCCGAUAGCACGACAGAGAGCAGCGCGCUUCGCCGUGCCCGCAGCCCGCCGGCCGAGCAUCGCUUCAGGCCCCGCUGCAGCGCCAGCGCACGGGCAGGGAGCGGUCCUACCCCGACGCCAGGUGCCAGACUCACAGAAUCAUAGAAUGGCUUGGGCUGGAAAAGACCUCAAGGAUCAUAGAGUUCCAACUCCCUUGACACAGGCACAGUUGCCAGCUGCUAGAUCAGGUACUAGAUCAGGUACCAUCCGUACUGACUUAAAACUCCUGUGGGGAUGGGGCAUCCACAACCUCUCUGAGCAACCUGUUCCAGCACCUCACUACUCUCUCAGUAAGAAACUUCCACCUGACGUGUAAUUUAAUCUCCCCUCCUUUAGUUUAAAACCAUUCCCCCGCCCUUUAACUAUCUAUCUCUGUAAAAAGUUGAUUUCCCUCAUGUUUAUAAACUCCUUUUAGGUACUGGAAGGAUGCAAGGUACUGGAAGGAGACUGUGGUCUCCUCACAGCUUUCUUUUCUCCAAGCUGAACAAGCACUUUUCCUUCAGUCUGUCUUCAUAGGGGAGGUGCUCCAGUCCUUAAACCAUCUUCAUGGCCCUCCUCUGGACCCUAUCCAAGAGCUUCAUAUCUUUCCUGUGUUGGGGGCCCCAAAAUGGGAUGUAGUACUCCAGAUGAGGCCUCACAAGGGCAGAGUAGAGGGGGACAAUCACCUCCCUCUCCCUGCUGGCCACCACUUUUCUGAUGGAACUCAGGAUACCAUUGGCUUUCUGAAUUGCAAGCGCACACUGUUGGCUCAUGUUCAGUUUUUCAUCUACUAGGACCCCUCAGUUCCUCUCAGCAGGGCUAUUCUCAUGGAGUAAUUCUCCCAGUCUCUACACAAAUCUGGGAUUACUCUGACCAAAGUGCAAAACCUUGCACUUCGCUUUCUUGAGCUUCAUUAGGUUCACAAUGGCUCACCCUUUGAGUUUAUCAAGGCCCCUCUGCAUAGCAUUUCUUUCUUCUGUUGUAUCAACCGCACCUGUCAGUGUAGUGUCAUCAACAAAUUUGCUGAGGGUGCACUCAAUCCCAUCAUCUCUGUCAUUGGUAAAGAUGUCAUGGCUAUUUCCUAGUUCCUCCUCAUUUAGGUGAGGAGGAUACUAAAAAUGGGGAUUACAAAAGAGGAACAAAGCAGGAUACAUUUCUUUGUCCAAAAUGAGUUAAACCAGAAAGAAAAAAAAAAAAAGGAACACGCUGUUCCCCUAACAUUGUUGCUACAUCCAUCUCAGAGUCACACAGCUUAAAGUAUUUGACCUCAACAUUACCCCAAGGACCAGACCUUUACCUUUCCUUCAGACCCUUAUCCCAGGUCUCAGAUCUGCUGACUUGUCAGAGGAAGUGCCAUAUAACCUAUGGAACGUCUGCUCUUGGUUUCUUCCAAAUGAUACGUUACUGUUGUGUUUUGGGUUUUGUGUUUGUUUGGUUUUGUUUUUCCUUCAAGAAAAUAUCCUUUGUUUUCAUUUUUAUUUCAUGACUCAAUCUCUGCUUUUGUGUCCUUAUUAAUAAAAUAUUGAAACAUCAAAAAAUAAAACCUUGUUAGACUGAGCAGCAAGGUCAGGUUCCUGUUGUGUACAGCUCCAUUUAUACCUCUGCUGCAUUACAUUUUCAACUAUCUUAUCAUCUCUUGAAUGAAGGAAUCAUACACUUAUCUGCAUUCUAAGGUCUCUUCUUCCUGGCAUUUGCUUUCCUACUGUAAAAAACGGUAAAUAAUUUUAAUCACAAUUAAUUUAUUUACUAUUGAUUUAUUAAUUCCUUGACUUUGGAAAGUGUAGCCUGAACAACUAAAUUAAUAUUUUUAGAGAUUGUGAGGAAGCAGCCAAAUAUCACUAAACAAUUAAAUUUAACAGCUUACAGAUCCUGAGACCUUACACAUAGCUUCAUUUUACUUUCUUUGUGCAUUUAAUACUUACGGCUCUGCCCUUGAUACCUGGCCUGCCAACUAAGACUGGGAUAAAAUUCGUCCAUGAAGUACCUGAUGUAACUAGUCUUUCAAUGGUGGCACACAUAAAGACAAACAGACACACACUUCUGUUGUAUUAUUUUAUUGGUAUUUACAUUCCCAGCAGAACACAAUCAACCCCAGUUGCCUCAAGAAUAAAAAAUAAUGAAAAUGAAAAAUGAGUCAAGUCUUCUUCUUUAAAGUAGCUUUUGGCCUGGAGAGGUGCUGAUAUCAGGAAGGAGUAAUGAAGAAAUCUUCAGGGAAAUGAUUGCACCUGGUCCUCACCCUGUGUGCUGUCUUCAGAAGGCACUACCAGUCACAGUAUUUGCAACCUACAAGUAGUACUUGCUAAUACCUAAUACAAUACCAGAGGCAAAUGUGGGCUUUGUGAGGUGUGUGCAGCUUGCAGGCAGCUCAGUUACAGGCUGCACCUGCCUGUAAACUGUGCAACAGGAGGGACCACAGAGGUCCAGUGCAUGCUGGAUCGCUCCAGGUUCCUUGGCUGAGGGAGAAAAGAAACAGGCAGGAGCUUAUAUGGUCAGUAUCAUCACAUAACCAUCUGUUCCUGACCCAUCCUCCAGUUGCUGCGCUCACCUGGGCUAACCCAAAGCCCAAGAUAAUCCAAGCAGGAAACCCCUAUGCCACUGAUGCAUGUUACAAACCUAUUAUGGAGUCUUCAUAGGCCUGAUGAAAACUACUAAAAACCAUUCCUGUCUGUCUCUCCGCUUCCCCUCAUAAGGGAGCCACAGGCCAAGAUUAAGAAUCCUCUCAGUCUUCUACUCCCAAGGUUGAACAAAGGCAUCCCAGCUGCCCCUCACAUGUCUUCCCUUCCAGACCCUUAGACAUCUCUGCAGUCUUCCUUUCUGCACUUUCUUAAAAGUUUUAUGUCAUUUUUGUACUGUGGUGCCCAAAACUGCACACAGUACUCAAGAUGAAGCUGCACCAGUGCAGUGUAGAGCAGAACAAUCCCUUCCCUUGUCUGGCAGGCAGUGCUGAACCUGAUGCACUCUAGGGUACAGUUCACCUUGCUUACUGCCUAGGCACACUGUUGAUUUAUGCGCAGUUUGCUGUUGAUGAAGACCCCUAAAUCUUUUUCAGUAGGGCUGCUCUACAGCAGUCAUCUCAUCUCCCAGUCUGUAUGUACAGCCAGGGUUACUCCUCCCAAGGUGCAGAAUCCAGCACUUUCUGCUGUUGAACUUCAUGCAUUUGGAGAUUGUCCAGCUUUUGAAUUUGUCUACAUCUCUCUGCAAGGCCUCUCCACCCUUGACAGAGUCAACAGCUCCUCCCAGUUUAGAAUCAUCAGCAAACUUGCUCAAAACACCUUCUAGUCCUACAUUCAGUUCCUUUAAGAAAGCACCAAAGAAAAUGGAAAUGUAAAAUGAAAUCCUGGGGUACCCUGUUAGUGACUGGUUGCCAGCCUGAUGUUAUCCCUUUUACUAUAAUCCUUGGGCUUGACCCAUCAGCCAAUUGUUCACUCAUUGCAUUAUGUUUUUAUCUAGCCAUAUGUUGGACAUUUUGUUCAGAAGGAUACUGUGAGAAACAGUAUUGAAAGCUUUACUGAAUUCUAAAAGACAACAUCAACUGAAUUCUCUUGGUCAAUUAGGUGGGUGAUCUUGCCAUAAAAGGAAAUUAAGUUACUUAACCAGAACUUUCCCUCCUGAACCCAUGUUGACUACGACCAAUGACCACAUUUUCCUUCAAGUGUUUUUAAGUAACUCCCAUCAUAAUUUUCUCCAUAAUUUUACCAGGCACUGAAGUGAGACUGACAUGCCUGUAAUUACCAGGGUCUUCCUUCUUGCCCUUCUCUCUCCUCUGAUGGUACCACUGAUGUCACCUCCCUCCAGCUGUGAUGCAGGCAGGCACUCUGGCAACUCAAAUUCCACUCAGCAGUGAACCAGCCCCAGAUUUUUGAUGACCUCCGGUUCAGCAGCAAGGUACAAGGAUCUUUGUGCUGUUGUCAUUGACACAGGGAUGGGCCACACCAGGAGUGGGCUGGCCGGGGAUGAGAGGCCACGAUCAGUGGCACCCAGCAAGGACAAGGAUGGCUCCAUUCUCACUCAUGGUGUGGUCACUGACUGGGACAGGCUGGAAGAGCUGUGGCAUCGCAUAUUCUACCACGAGCUGGCUGUGUGCCCUGAAGAGCUGGCUGUGCUGGCCACUGAUGCCCCACUGUCCCCUAUCAUCAACCGUGAGAAGAUGGCCGAGCUCCUCUUUGAGGGCUUUGGUGUGCCAGCUGUGCUUGUGAUGCCCCGCCCUGUGCUUGCUACCUACUCCUAUGGCUGUACCACUGGUGUGGUGCUGGGCUCUGGUGCUGGCACAUCUUAUGUGGUGGCAGUACAGGAUGGCUAUGUGCUGCCCCACGCCUCCUUUCGCCUGGACUUGGCUGGGAAUGAUCUCACAGCCUAUCUGAGCCAGAUGCUGGCAGCGCGCAGAGUGCAACUGCCAGCAGAGACACUCCAGCAUCUGAAGGAGAAGUGCUGCUGUUGCCACACACCUGGUGCCCACCGUGAGCCCAUGGGGCCCAUCCUUCCAGAUGAGUACUCCCGCUGUGCUGAGGCCCUCUUCACUCCUGAGGCCCUGGGGGUGCCAGGCCCGGGACUACUGGAGAUGGCAGCCCGCUCCCUGCACUUGAGUGAAGCCCAAGCUGGCAACCCCCCACUGCUGCUGGCUGGGGGCACCACACUGCUGUGUGGCUUUGAUCAGCGUGUGGCUCAGGGCCUGGGCAGGGGGCACCCUGCUGCUGCGCCCAGCCGCCAUGUUGCUGCCUGGCUAGGAGGCUCCAUUGCUGCUUCCCUUGAUGCCUUCCAGGGCUCAUGGCUUCCGCGGGAUAUCUACAUUGAGAAUGGCCCCAGUGCUGUGCACCGGCACUGCUUCUGACCCCACUAAAGAGCUGCAGGGGGUAGCAUGCAACUACCUCAUCUGCUUGAAAAUUUUUAUCAAAAAAAAGUAAUAAAUAAAUCCGAGCUCUGUA